GAGAGCACGGGCGCGUGAGAAAGAGAGAAACGUGGCGAAGGAAGCGAGAGAGGACGAAAACGAGGGGAUCCGAGUGGGGAGCGAUAGCACGCGAGGGAGAAGGACGCGCGGCGAUGGCAACCAGAGGGCAGAGGGAUGAAACGAAGCACGAAGACAGGAGAGAUCGCUGGCAGCGCGAGCGAGACGGAGCUUCGAGGGAGAGAUAACGAGAGCAGGGUGGGAGUGCUGAAGAGAGCUGAAGAGAGAUGGAACGGAUGGAGGGGAGUAAGAGCGAGCGAGCCAGGGCGAGGCGCAGUCAGACAGUCAGGCAAGCCGCCCGGCAAGCAAGGAAGGCAGACAGGCUAGCAGGCAGCCAGUGCACCAGCCAAGACCACUAGAUCCGCUCGGCUUACCGACUUAGAGACUUAAGCCGGCAGGCAGUCCGAAAGGCUCAACCGGCUAAGCCUGGCGGACCCACCUACUACCGACGCGCGGCCACUACACGUUCCAUCUACUACGAAAACCGGCUAUACUACCGCGACCUGCAGCACCACUCGCGCUUUCUUACGUUUUCCUCUGUCUGUCUUCUUCUCCCUUUCUCUUUCUGUCGCACGCGCUCUCUGCCUGUCUGUCGUUCCUUAACGCCCGUGCCCCGUGAAGGUGAGAAGACCGAGCCAGCGAGACGAGAGGAGCGUAGCCGCCGCGCCACGUUCAACUUGGACCGAAAGGUUCCGCUCGCGGAUCGUCGUCAUGUCACGGCGCGGAACUCGCGCCCGAUUUCCCACGCCGUCGUCGUUGUCGUUGUCGUCGUCGUCGUCGUCGUCGUCGUCGUCGUCAGCUACCGAGUGAACCGCGUGCUUGGUAAUCCCUGGUGGAAGUCUCGAUGGCGCGUCAACGGUCGCGAGUCCAGUGAUAUAACGGUAUUACGAUACGUGUUCGGGGUUGUGUUGCUCGUGUCCUCGCGAUACACGACGGUGGUGAUACUUCCACGACUGGAUAUACACGUAAGUUCUCUUUGUGAUCGCGGUUCGAACGCGCGACUGGAAAAAGAAAAGAAAAGUGCAGUGAUUCGUCGAGAGCCUGGCUGGAGGAAACGUCGAGUUUGUCGAUGGAUCAAACUUUCCACAGAGUCGAGUAGAGAGAGUACCCGACGAAACAAGUUGGAUUCCUUCCACCGAUCGACGAGAUCAGUGACUAGAAGAAAUCGAAGACCGUAAGGUGCAGUAAGAAGCGAUCGAUGCGCGAACAUUACGCGAAACUUGAAAUCCUUGUCGUGAAACGAAAAGGAUACGAAGAUCUGGCAAGGGAGUACCCAAGAAACCAAAGUGUGUGCAAUCUACGACGAUCAUAGUGCGAGCUGGUUUAACCUACUUCUCGUUGCCGCCUAUUCCGAAUCUCCCACUAUUCUCAUCGCCAGUCUCUUCGUAGAUCCUUACGUAACACGUCGUUUAUCGUUCGCGCGAUCCGUGGUUGUCCGAUUUAUCAGUUGCUUCUGCCCGAAUAGUGCUGGAGCACGUGCGUGUGAAUUCGAUCAUUUUCUCCGUUCGAACGAGCUGGUCGAGUUUCCCUCUAACAAGUUACGAUCCAUGAGAACGAUCGUUCCGCACCGUCAACGUCAUCGCCAAUCCGUCGUUGACAUCCGCGAAAUCACGGCUGAAUAGCGACGCGACGGAAGAACGCGGAGAACGCUGGAACGCUGGUCCCCACCUGGUCUGCGAGACGGGUUGCUGUUGCAACCGAACCCUAUGACGAGGUUAUCCACGAAAAGUAGUCGGCAAACGUUCACUGUGCAAGCACGAUCGUUCGCGUCGCUAACGAGAAGUAGUCGAGUGAGCGGAGGAGCCGUGGUUAGUCGAUCGGAGGUCUCUUAGCGCUCGGAAAGGAGGAAACGGAUGCCUCCAGCCGACGGCCGUCGCCAGUAGUAAAAUCGUCGAGCGAGCGGAAUCCAUCGUCGUCUACCUGCUCGUCGCCGAGGGAACGCGUCGUCGGAUGCCUGGUACCUGAGGGAACGCGGAUCGCGAACACCACGCGAGAACGCAGCCGACUGACUCGCAGGACGAGCUGAUCACGCGCGACGAAACAGCCUCGCGAGGGCUCGCCUGAUCUUGCGUCGCGUUGUACAGAUCAGUCAACACGACGUUAACCUUCUACAGCAUGGAGCGGGGCAGCGGGGGCGGGGGCAGCCUCGAGCUGGCCGGCGGCGGAGGCGGAGGCGGCGGGAACACGGACCUGUGCCUUCAGGAUCUCGUGACCGGAUCGACGACCGGCCUCUCGGUACAGCAUCAUCAGCACUCGGCCGCCGCGGCCUCGAUGGCCGGCCUACACGGUGACCAUCUUCAAGGAACGAUGCACCAUCACGAUAUCCACGGGAACUCGCACCACAACGCCUCCAUGCUGCACGAUUCCAGCCAUCAGUUGCACGAGCCGCUGGAGAAGCUGAAACGUGUAUGGGCACAGGGCGACUUCCGGGACGAGGUGACCGGGGGUUUGGCGAGGCUCGAUUUGACGGGUCACGGAGCUCACACACCCGGUGGCAGCAACCCCAGUACACCGGGUGCGACACCCACGACACCCUCCGGUGGAUUUUCUACCGCACAGCCUAGGUCCCGCACGAACACGACACACAGGCCGGAUAUUCGAAAAGAUGUUGCGACACCAACAGAGGUGAAACACGAAUUGGGAACCAGCGGAGGGGUGGUCUCGCCCGAUGGUGUAGUGGGGGUAAAUAACGCGGACGAUAAGGAUGGAAAGAAGAACAAACGCCAGAGGCGGCAGAGGACGCAUUUCACGUCCCAACAACUUCAGGAACUGGAGGCUUUGUUCAUGAGGAAUCGGUAUCCGGAUAUGUCGACCAGGGAAGAAAUAGGUCUGUUCACGAAGCUUCCCGAACCACGAGUCAGGGUAUGGUUCAAAAACAGGCGGGCAAAGUGGCGGAAGCAGACGCGCAACGCGAACACGGCGGCCGACGCGGUGGACUUCAAGCCCGGAUUCGGCGCCAGCCUCAACAGUUUCAUCGGUCAGCCGUUUGCCGACCCGGACGCGCUCUACAGCUCGUACAGCACGUACAACAACUGGGCGGCGAAGGUGCCGUCGCCUCUCAGCAGCAAAAGCUUCCCCUGGGUGAACACGUUGGGCUCGGUGGUACCGACCGCGUCCCACCAUCAUCAUCAUACCCAAGUCAGCCCCGUCAACUGUUUCAACGCGGCGGCGACGUCCGUGGCGGGCAACCACAUGGGCGGUAUGUCCGUGUCGGUCGGCCAGGCGGCCACGUCCAUGUUACCGGGCAUGGGAUCGGGUUUGGGAGUAGCCGGUUCACCGGUGGCGGCAACGGGAGCUGCGUGCCCCUACGCGGCACCGGCGGCGCCUCAUCACCCGUACGGACCACCAGUCUACACGCCGCACCAUCGAACGGCCGCAGCUCCGGAGAGCUGUACGGUGAUGACGUCGAGCAGUAUCGCCUCGUUGCGACUGAAGGCGAGGCAGCACAGCAGCGGGUACAGCAGCCUGAGCGGCAACUCGUUCAGCAUGGACAGCACGCCGGUCUCCGCUGCUGGGAGUCCCGUCGGUUCACGAGCUCCCUCCGUCGGCGGUGGCGGGCCGUUGAGCGCGUGCCAGUACGCCCUAACAACCGCCGGCGAGGCGAAUCCCCACUCGCCGAGCAGCGCGGAGGCUCACGUGAACGCGACGGCCAGGGCCCAGGUCUGAG